UGUAAGAGUCCUUAACUUAGAAACUGACCUCGGGAUAUAGACAUUUAGUAUGAUUUACAUGAUAUUAUUUCUACUGCAAACUGUUGAUGUCUGAGUUAUGAGAAUGAUCAUAAUUUUCAGAAUUGAUUAUGUGGAGGACUUCUUUUCACAAUGGUUGUGAUUACAUGUAACUGUCUGAAUGUAAAACUGAGCAGCAAACAAAACCCAAACACAGCUGUAUUUGAUUUCUUGACAGAUAGUGGAUCAGAAAACACACCAUUUUACCCAAAUAAAGUUUUACUAGUGGAAGUUAUUGAUCCUGGAAUUACUAUUGAGCAAGAUUACCUUGUUCAUCGACAGCAGAUUGGAGAAUGGCUUGUUCACAGCUGCUUGAACUGUGGACUAGAUGUCUAUGCAACAAAACCAAGAUCUUCAAGAUUACUUAUUAAUCAAAAAGUGCAGUAUGAUCCUGCAGUUAUAGAUAGAUUACAUCACCACCCAAAUUAUUCUAAUGUAUUUGAGCUUGUGCUACCAGAAAAAGAUACCCCAUUUCAGACUAUACCUGAUCGAUCAUCAGGACAAUUUGAAUCUCUACAGGGUGAAAUAAAUAUGGUCCAGGAACAGUUGACGAACUACAUAAUGCAAGAGGAAACUGAGAUGGAAAAUAGAAUCAAACAAUAUGAAGAAGAACAGAGAAUACUGUUUCAGCAGCUCCAAGAAAAAGUCAGAAAAGACAAGAAAAAAAUGAUAAGUGUUCUCCUGGAAGCACAAAAGAUGAAAUCUGCUGGUGAUAAUACAGGGUCAAAAAAUGUUUCAAAGACUCCAGAAAGGUUAAAGCCAAAAGGGAUGAUGUCACAGAAAACUGCACUUUCAAGGGCCAAAUCAACACCAGUCCCAAGAGGACAGUCAUUGGAGGAUUAUGAUCAAAAUGCUGAUGGUAUGUUUAUGUUUGAUGGAGGUGAUAUUGACAGUGAGGAACAAUUUUAUCAGUCAGAAGAUGAAUCGGAAUCUGAAGAAGGAAGUGAAAGAGGUGAAAGAGAAGCCCCUUCAACAGUGAAAAAGAAUAAGUUAAUAUAUUCAGCAUCUGUGCCAAUCUCUGUCCCCACUUGGUGCCCUGGUAUUAGGGAAACUGUUGACAUAGAAGAGUUUGAUGAAGAUGGAUCUCUACCAACUGACCCAGAACAGAUUGCAGCAUCUAUGCAAGCCUUAGCACAGAGCAUACAUAAUGAUGAAAGAUACAUAUUUGGCGAAAGACCAAGACCAAGGUUGAACACUGGAGAUUUUACCAACCAAUAGCAGUGUGUUUUAUGUAUUUUAAUUAUGAAUUAUGGGAUGUUGAUCUUUCAUGCAAGUGUUUUAUCCCCAUCUAUUAUCAGUGCUUUUUAAACCUUGUUUUGAUUUACAGAUCUUAGCAAAAUCUUACAGUUUAUUGAAUGUGACAUUGUGUAUAAAAGUUUUCAAUGUUUGGAAAAUUUUUGUCACAUGGCCUGUAAUUUGAAGUUUUCAUAUUGAAGAUGAUGAUUUACAAGGGUGCUUUCCAAGAAACAAUAUUUGCUUGCUUUUAUGGAAAACGUGUUUUUAUUUUUAGAAAACAGAACUUUAUUGUUAAAUUAGUAAUUAUUAUGUAUUUAAAAAUUACUGGACAUGGAGGUCAAUUGGCUCAUGAAAUUACUCAUUUAAAAUUUGUCAUAGGGCAUUUUUAAUUAUAGAUUUUUUUUUAUAGUACUUAAUAGGGUUACUUUGUGAAAUAAAUUAAUAUGUUGCUUUUAUCAGUACAUUGUAUUUUAAAUUUAUAAAUUGAAAGCAGGUGCUUGUUUUAAUAUGGCAUUACAUAUUUUGACAAACAAUGUUUUUUAGAAUCUAUAUAUAUCCUUGUUAUAUUCAUAAUAUACCAAACAAAUAGAAAAAAAAUCAUUAUCAGUACACACUAUAUAUCAAUGAUAACAAAUACUGGUAUUGAUUAAGUUGUCAUUUGCUUUCUUGUUUGUUUUUUUUUUUGGCUAAAUUUUAUCUGACUUUAUUAUUGUUAAUAUUCAUAAUUAUUUUCUAAGCUAUAUUAAGAAGACUUUGAACACUUUGUGUGAAGAUGUUCUUUAGGAAUUUAGCCAAAAUAAGAUACACAGGAAUAUUAAAGGAUAUAGUAUAUAAUUGCAUUGUAUUUUAAAUGAUUUAUCCUGUCUUCAGGUUGUAAUUAUUAUGUGAAAAUGUUUAACUUGUGAUGAUUUUUAUAAUCUUUCAUUCAAACAUUGUUUAAUUUGAUCUCGGUUGGAAAACCAAAUUCAAUUGUCAGGUACUAGUCAUAUUAUAGAUGAAAUAAUCUAGUUUUAUUCCAUUGGGCAUGCCUAAAACAAGUAUUUAAAGGAAUGAUUGUCAGUUUUUAAAGGAAUGAUUGCCAGUUUUAAAAAUACAAAUCAUGUUAUUAGAAACAAUUUAAUCUAUGCAAAUGCUGAAUAGCUAUACUUAUGAUUGGUUUUCUUUCUAAAAUCAAAAUGCUCACAAAAACAGAUUAUUUGUGAAGUUUAUAUACUGAUUUUAUUUUCAACCAGGUUUCAUGGAUCAUGAUAGAUAUUUUAUUCAGUAUGAAUUAUGAAUGUAUAAUUUAAUGGUCUCGAAAUAAAAGCAGUGGGAAGUCCUUGAGACGAAACAUUUUAUGGUGAUACACAUAUUUGUAGUUGUAUUACAAAAAUAUAUGAAACCAGGAAAAUAUUUUAUCUAGCUAUAAAGGUUUCUUUCAGUACUAACAAAUUGAAAUCUUGAAAGCAGUAAUUUUCAGUUUGUCACCUGACAGCUUCUAGCUUGGUUGACACAAUGGGAUCACCUUCUGUUGUCAUAGGUCAUUGUCCCUGUCACAGGCUUUGUUAAUCAACAACACCUUGAAAACUACUUGACAGAAUUCAACCAAACUUACACAGAAUCUUCAAAAUGACUUAAAUUUGCGUGAUUUUUGUGGUUUCCCAUACCAAAACAUUGAUUUUGCCAUUUCUGUUUAUAUUAUUUGGAGAUGGAAGGCAACACAUGUCUUCCUUGAAAUACUCGAUCACUUUUUGUAGUAUUAAGGUCUCAAAUCAUGUGUACAUUUUACAUUAUACAUUUGGAUAAGUGUCUUAGAAUUCACAAGAGUAGACUCCAAUACACAAAUCUCAAGUUGUUUUUUAUGAAUGAGUUACAACGCCAUAGACUAUGUCAUGGACCAAUCAGAUCUUACUGUGACAUAAUAACAUAAGCAUUGUGACAGGAAAUUUCCAGGAAAGUGCACAAAUUCAAAAGUCGUCUAUUAUACUUAUUUUAAUUUAUUGAAAAAUUAUGCUUGUGUUAAAGAUUUGGUUGAAGUUUUUUUGGUGUUGUAUAUUUGGGGGAAUUUAUAAUCUGCCAUACAAGGUGGUCACUUUUAUUUAUGAAGACCUUUUGGUGAAUUGUAUGUGUUUAUUAUGGUUAACUUGCAUUGUGUUGUGAACUUGCUUUCCUAUUCAGACAUUUAUUUCAUGUUUCGUUUUUUUCAUGUAUAAUCUGAAGAUGUAUCAAGCAUAUAUUCUUGAAAUGGUUUGAUUGUGUCCAGAAUUUUAAGUAAGAACAUUUUUAAUCCAAGGGAUCCUUAACUUCCAUACUUUUGUAUAGCAACUCAAUUUUUCCUUUUAGCAAAAAUUAGUUGUAUGAUAAGGAAGAAACUGUGUACAAGUUUUAAAUUUAGGCAAAUUAGAGCUUGCUAUAUGGUAUGUGAGCUCAUUGGUGCAGAAUAUGUUGAGCUCUACAUAUGUAAUGUUUGUGAAGUUUUGUUGAUGGGUUGCUGUCUCAUUGAAGUUCCUUUAUAUAGAAUUGAACCACAAUAUGCAGUAUUGUGCAAACACAUUCUUGGUUACAUAUUUAGCUUAUAACUUGGGUUAUAUAAACUGUAUGAACAGCACUAUGAGAAAAAAAACCUCAAAUAGGGGAGAUAAUUCACUAAAAUCAUUUAUAUAUGAACACUUAAGAGCAGAUUUCUCAAGUAAGUGACCUACAAACCAUCUAUUACUUUAGACAUUUUUUAUUUAAGCAGGUUUAUCACUCCAUAUUCUGAGGAUUUCGAUAUUGACUAAAUUCAACAAAUAGAAUUUAAUAAUUUUAUAUUGCUAUAAAAAAUUAUUUAACUAGGGCAGAUAAUCAGGAAUUUUGCCAGAAAGACAUUUUUGUGUCAUUAUCUAGUCCAUCCAUUGUUUUUACAUGUAAAUUAAUUUUUUUACUUUACAUAUACAAUGAUGUUUGGAAGUUUGUCUUUUUAUACAGUUAUAACUUUGCUGUUGGAUAAAUGAUAUUACAUUGUCUGAAUUUGUAAUAGAAUAUUUGUAUUAAUUAAUGCUUUGAGAAAAAUGUUUAUGAAAAUCAUAAAGUAAUAAUGUGUUAAAUUAAUAAUUGUUAAUGAUUUAGUUUAAAGAGGUCAACUAUGAGCUGUUCUAGGAGAGACAUAUAAGGAGGAUGCUUAUUUCAAUGACAUUCUUCCUAUGGAAGUUUAAUUUUGCAGUACUUCUUAGAGUUUGACUUUUGAUAAAGUAUCAAUGUAGAUUGAACAGUAGUUAUAUAUUCCAUUCCAUGUAUUUUCACCUGAAACAGUUUUAGAGUAUGAAUGACACUGAAUAUACAUGUAGUUGAUGCUUGUAAUAUAGUUAGUUUAACAAAAUAGUCUUUUUUUUUCUUGAGCACUUCUGAAGGUAGUCACAAACUUUUUUGUUUACAGGGAUAUGUCAAAAUCUUCUGUAAUAUUUACUACACUUUGUAAAAUUUUACAGCAUUCUGUAUAGACAUUCUAUGUUCUGACACUCAACCUGUUAAGUUGUAUCUACCAAAUAACAUCAAUUGCUGAUAGUAGAACAUAGGGGUUAAACCUCAUGGUUUUCAUUUGAUGUUAUUUGGUGGAAUGUUCCUGUAUAGUUAUGUAACAAUUGGAAACUCUGUCUUACUGCUAUAAAUAAAAUCAUUGUAAUAUAAUUAUAGAUGAUCAUAAUUAAAUUAGCUAGUUUUAUAUUUGGUGCUCUCUGUUGUGAUUCUAUGUGAUUAUUAUUAUACAUAUAUCAUGUUUCCAGCUAAGAAGUACUGUAGAUUCAGAAAUUAUUGUGUACAUUUAUUAGUGCUAUUUUUAAAGACUGAACUAAAAUGUGAGAUUAAUUAUUGCGAUUUCUUGAAAAGGUUCAUAUAGAUAUAUGUAUCUGAUAUCAGAAUGUGAGGUCUUAUUAUUGUGAUAAUCACCAUGUCACAUAAUUGGCAUAUAAUUUAAUUUUGGAUGUAACGCGUCUUCUGAUUGGCUGGCGUUGUUUUGUUUAUCAGCUCAUAGACAUAAUUUUGUCAUGUGACCGUGACGUCAUCAACGUUUUUUCAUGGUUUACUACGGUUUAAAAUGGAAUUUAGAAUUAAAUUAUAAGAAAUAACUGUAAUAUUUUUUCUGUCUAUUUGAAAUAACAUAAAAAAUGUGGUGCACACUUUAAAAUAACCCGCUAUGCAGGUUAUUAAGUGUGCACCACAUUUUUUAUGUUAUUCCUUCAUAGACAGAAAAAAUAUUACAGUCAUUCCUUAAUUAAUAAUAAAAACCUGCAAUAAUUUCUGAAUUUACAGUAUAGCAUUUGCUGAAUUUUUAUUCAUGUUUAUGGUAAUGGAAAGUACAAUCGUUUGUUUUUCAUAGAUAGAACAGAAUGAAUAUCAGUAUGGAUGAAAGACAUCAUGUUUAUUUUUUUUUUGUAUAAUUCUAGAAAGCGGCUGAUUAUUAGAUUUGGUGCAUUAAUGUCAUAAUUUGUAAAAGGGGCUUAGCUUGUGCAAAACAAAAAUAAAGAUUGUAGUAGCUAAAAAAUUAUAUAAAAACAUUAUUACAUGUUUAAAUUAUUUUAGGAGUAAAACAAGGAUAUCUGUUCAUGACAUUUUUAUAUAAAGUUUCAAUUUUGCAUCUGUUUCUAAACAGUUUUCCUUUUCACAAAUAAACUCUUACUUGAAAAAGAGCAAACAGUUUCUGGUCAUUUUUUUUUUUUUAUGGAAAUUUAAAAUUCAAUUCAUGUCUUCUAUUCUAUUGAUAGGAAACCAGAAAUAACAUCAAUAAAUUUUAACGAAAUAAAAAUUUGAUAUGGACCUAUAAAUUAUGAAAUUUUCUAUUGUAUGUAAUUUUCAAAGCAUAAAUAUUUUUUCUAUAAAGAUUGCUUUUAUGCAACAGUUAACAACCAGCAUGACAUAGCUACCCUAUAAAUAAGAAAACUCAAUUUAAGUGCUAUUGUUGUGAAUGUUUCUUAAAGAUUUUAACUAAAUAGUAUACAUAUAGUUGUCAGAAAAUUAAAAUUUAUUUAAUUGUUAAAGAGAGAAAAUGAAGUAGAAUAGCUAAAAUUGUUAGUUUUAGUAUAUAUGUGUUUUGAUGGAGGAGAAAUAAAUCAGCAUUGUAGAGUAUUUUAAGUUAUAUUUCAAUUAAUUAUAUAUUUCAAUAUCUCUAUGUUUAUAAAAGGAUACACAAGUUGUCCUGGUUCUCAGAUAUGUUUUAGUCAAGGGUAAUUUUUGAAACUAUUUCAUAAAUCAUUAACUUGAACCACUCAAUAUAUAUAUUUGUUGUUGUUGUAGUAUACAAAAAAAAUCUGUUCUGGUUCAUAGAAAUCAUCUGGUCAAGGGUAACUUUAUGCCAUGUUUGUCCCCAUGACUAAGUGGUUGUGUGAAUAAUGGAUAAAUAACUUGAAACCUUUUCACAGAUCUGAUGUACUUAUGAGAAAGUUAGAUAGACGAAUCUAUUUCAUGUUGGCUUAUUUCCUUGCCUUUUAGCAAUGACAAAAAUUUUGGUUUUAGUUCAUUUCAAUAGUUGAUGUCAGUAUUAAAGCAAGAGUGCUGAUGUUCAAAUAUAAUUGUAUUGUGCUAAUUUGAUAGAUUAUUUCAGUUUCUGAAUAUCUUAUUUCAAACCUAUAGUUCUUCUUUUUGCAUGAUGAAGUAAAGCAGAAAGUGUGCCCCAUCCCCAACUGCAUCUAUUACUGAAUCAGUCAAAAUAAGAAAACUUUUAAUUGAGGAACAUAUAGAGUUUUUAUUAAUUAUGUUUUAGGUUAUAAUUUUACAUUGUUUUUAGAGUAUGUUUAUGAAGGAACAUAACAUUGUCAUUGAUGUAUUGCACAUGGUUGUGGUACUUGAUUUUCUCAAUCAAAUAAAUUGAAUGAAAUCAU